AUGAGCUUUCGACUCCUGGCAAAUCCAUCCCGGUUGACGCUUUUGCCGCGAACUCGGCUGAGUCAAAUGGCUUCUCACUUCUCCAGCGACGCCGGGGUCUCCCUCACCGCGUUGCCCAAGUCUAAUGUAUUCACCUCUAAAUUACCGGCAGAUCCGGCCUUUGAAACUCCAGAGUCCUCACACAAUGCGCCCCGGGAGACCCUAGGUCCGCGCAUGGUCAAAGGAGCUCUGUUUACCUAUGUUCGCCCGGAGCCAGCCGAAGGAUCCGAGCUGUUGAGCGUCAGCUCCAAAGCCAUGAAAGACUUGGGAUUAAAGCCCGGAGAGGAGAAAACCUCGCAGUUUCAGGCUUUGGUCGCCGGAAAUGAGAUCUGGUGGUCCGAGGAACGUGGAAUCUAUCCAUGGGCGCAGUGUUACGGAGGAUGGCAAUUUGGUUCGUGGGCAGGACAAUUGGGAGAUGGACGCGCAAUCAGUCUAUUUGAAUGCACAAACCCACAGACAAAUAAGCGCUAUGAACUACAAUUGAAGGGCGCAGGCAGAACGCCCUAUUCGCGUUUUGCAGACGGCAAGGCGGUGCUUCGAUCGAGUAUCCGAGAAUUCGUGGUCUCAGAAGCCCUCUCUGCUCUUGGUAUUUCUACCACUCGGGCACUCUCACUGACCUCGGUCCCCAAUGCAAAGGUCUUGCGAGAGCGUCUGGAGCCAGGUGCAAUUGUUGCCCGGUUUGCCGAGUCUUGGUUGAGAAUCGGCACUUUUGAUCUUCUCCGCGUUCGUGGCGAACGCGAGCUAAUACGGCAACUUGCAACAUACGUUGCAGAAGAUGUCUUUGGUGGGUGGGAAACUCUGCCCGCCAUUGUAUCACUACGUGAACAAUUAUCGGCCGUUGAGGUUGACAACCCUGCAAGGAGCAUCUCCGGAAACGACACCCAGGAGCACCAAGAUGUACAGGAAAAUCGAUUUGCCAGGCUUUAUCGGGAGAUCGCUCGUCGCAAUGCGAAGACGGUGGCUGCGUGGCAAGCCUAUGGUUUCAUGAACGGUGUGCUGAAUACAGAUAACACCUCUAUAUACGGUCUGUCACUGGACUAUGGUCCAUUCGCAUUCAUGGACAACUUCGAUCCUACAUACACCCCUAAUCACGAUGAUCACAUGCUGCGGUACAGCUACCGAAACCAGCCCAGCAUCAUUUGGUGGAAUCUGGUUCGACUGGGCGAGUCAUUUGGUGAGCUAAUUGGAGCCGGAAGCCGAGUAGACGACGAAAGCUUCGUGAAGGAUGGAGUAUCCGAGGAAUUCGAGCCUGAACUCAUCAAACGCGCAGAGACCAUCAUUGAGCGCACUGGCGAGGAGUUCCGAGCCGUAUUCUUGAAUGAAUAUAAGCGAUUGAUGUCCCAAAGGCUUGGACUCAAGACACAGGUCGAAUCGGACUUCCAAGUCCUUUUCUCGGAAAUUCUGGACACACUCGAAGCACUGGAGCUGGAUUUCAAUCAUUUCUUCCGCCGUCUUUCCGGAAUCCCUUUGUCCAGGUUGGAGACCGAGGAAAGCCGGAAAGAGGUGGCCUCGGUUUUCUUCCAUGGUGAAGGCUUCGGAGGGAUUGGAUACACCGAUGAUACAGCUCGGGAUCGCAUUGCGAAAUGGCUCGACAGCUGGCGGGCUCGCGUUCUCGAAGACUGGGGUCCAGGAAUGGAUGAUGAAAGGCAGAUUGCCAUGAAAUCAGUCAAUCCAAACUUCGUCCCUCGAGGCUGGAUUCUCGAUGAAGUUAUUGAGCGCGUCGAGAAAAAGGGAGACCGAGAGAUCCUUGACCGGAUCAUGGCGAUGUCUCUGGAUCCGUUCAAAGACCAAUGGGGUCUCAAUGAGGAAGAGGAACAACGCUUCUGUGGAGAUGUUCCCAAGUACAAGAGAGCGAUGAUGUGCAGUUGCAGCUCGUAG